AUGAGCGAAGCGGAGAAGGCAGCAGGCAACGCCGGCAGGAGCAGCAACAGCAGCGUGGCCAGCAAUGGCGUGACCGCCAGCGUCCCGCGGAAACGGCAUCGCAAGACAACGAGCUGUCAGUCGUGUCGUGAGCGGAGGAAAGCAUGCGACGGCGUCGUCCCUUGCGGGCCUUGCAUCAGCCGUCGAGUGGGCCACCUUUGCAAGUGGGGCGACGAACGAGACCGCAUUGCCGGAUCGCUUGCCGCGCCGCCCAAUACUCCGAAGACGGAUUCCACUCGUACAGCCACCGUGACUGGCAUUACACUACCUCCUUCGACCCCCGCCUCAAUAUCAAAGAAGGACAGCGACGCGGGCGGGUUCAGUCGCCCGUCGGACCUGGCGAGCACGCUCGCACAGGCAGAUCUGAGCACGACGGAAGAUUGCCUUUCCAGCAAGGGCGCGGCGGAUAGCCACCAAGUGAAUCUCACGUCACGCCAGGCCCGCCAUCUGAUCGAUGUCUUCCACCGACAUGUCAGCUUCGGCGGCCUGUUGCUGGUUGACUAUAGCGCUCUCUAUGCCUGCUGCCCCCUUGACAGCGACGCCAUAGCUCGCUCCCGUGGUGACGGCGAUGUGCUGGCACUGCUCCUCUUUGUGUGUGCCUCGUCGCUCCACAGCCUGCCUCCCUCGCUGUCCAUCUCGUUGGGCUUAGCAAGCCACUUUGAAGAGACGAAUGAUGUAGCGUCGGCAUGGACUUACGAGGCCCUGGCCUUGCUCGAGGCCUGCGACGUGCAUAUGCACCCCACGCUUGCAGCAGUUCAGGCACUCAUGGUGUAUCAGUACAAUCUUGUCCACCGUGGGAGGGCGUCACUGAUGGUCUCCCAGCUUGACACCGUCAUUCGCGCCGCGAGGGUACUGGGGCUCGACCGACUGGGCUCUCUCGACAAUGACGAGCGAAUUUGGCGUGAGGCCGAUGCCCGGUCCCACCUCGUGGACGACGAAGAGAGGAGAGGAGCCCAGCUGCCGUCGCAUGCAAGCGCCGAUUGGGCCGCACAGACGCUCCGACGGCGCGACAUGUGGGCCAGAGAGAUUGGUCGCAGCCUGUGGUGCCUCCUUGUCAAUCGAGACUGGGCAGCGUCUCGCCAGAUGGGCAGCUACCUCAUUCAUCCCGGCAGCUUCACCACGGCCCCACCAAGAAUGAGGGCAAAGCGUGGUGUGGGCGAGCACCGGGGCAAGCAGGACAGCGAGGACCCGUGGCAGUACAUGCUGCCCGUCGCCGACAUCCUCCGACGAUUCCACGACAUCUGUGCAGAAGCUGCGGCUGCCAGCCUCUCUGGCCGCAUCUCCCACGACGCCAUUCUCGGCCUCGAUGCUGAGCUCGAGGCGAUGUUGGCGCGGCGUCCAAAUUGGCUGCGGCCCGAAGCGAACCCCACUGCGAUGGGCUCCGAUGAUGUGACCGUUCUUGUCGACGCACGCGGCGUUGAGGUCAAGAGCCCCUUUAUAGGCAGCAUCAUUUCGACGACGAUCUGGCACCGGCUUUUCAGCAUUCACCGGCCAUUCUUGGCGCUUGGACUCAGCCAGCCGGAAAAAUACGGACUGUCAGAGAGAAGGUCCUUUAGUAAGGCCAUGCUGUUUCUUCAAGUCAGCCGGCAGAAUAGCCAGGAAGGCAUGCUCGUCGUCCACCAGUCUGUCACCCUUUCGCGACUCCUCCAAGCAGCCCUCGUCAUCAUCACCCACCUGCUGCUGGGCAGCAGUGCUAGCGUCACAAACAUGAAGCACUGCGACCCGGGCUGGCUUGACCCAAUGCGUGUGCACGCCUAUCUGUCCUACGUCAUCACCACCUUCCACAGCACGGCGUACCAAUCGAGCAAGCGUCAGACCGACAAGGUGGGUGCAUCGCAUUAUACUUAUGAGGGCGUCGCCGGACGCCUCGAAUCCCUCGUGGGUGCCUGUGCGCGGCUCACGAGCGACGAGCGGCACCUCUAUCCAUCGGAAGCGAGCGCACAGAGAGCAUCCCUCGCGGGAGGACUGUCUGCUACACAGGCGAAUGACAUCGACAACCACCUCUACCUCCUCGCGGACCCCUCCAUGCAUCCCCCUGCUGCACCACUCCCUGACCCCACGUCGACGGAGCGAAACAACACGACGGUGACGGCACCAGCGACCACGUCGGCUGCAGCGCUCGCUGCCUCGCUCUCGACUGUCGACAACAACCUCUGGGACGAGCUUUCGCGCAUGCUUCAGGAGCCUGGCUAUCUUUAGCCUCUCUUUCUUUCCUUGCUCUGGAUCUACAAUGUGAAAAGGGCGCACCCCUGGCAACCAGAGCUCUCGUCUGCGUCAAUGUAUUCUAGUGAGGCCGCUGCAAUUUCUGAAAUGGGCAGUCUGUUGUAAG